AUGCAGGAGUUGUGGUUUCAACAAGACGGCGCAACAUGUCACACAGCUCGUGCUACAAUUGAUUUAUUGAAGGAAACGUUUGGUAACCGCAUAGUUUCACGUUUCGGACCCGUGAAUUGGCCUCCAAGAUCGUGCGAUUUAACGCCGCUGGACUAUUUUCUGUGGGGAUAUGUGAAGUCGCAAGUCUACGCCGAUAAGCCCGAAACGAUUGACCACUUGGAGGACAACAUUCGGCGCGUUAUUGCAGAUAUACGGCCACAAAUGUUGGAAAAAGUCAUCGAAAAUUGGACCUCCAGAUUAGACUACGUCCGAGCCAGGCGUGGCGGUCAUAUGCCAGAAGUCAUAUUUAAAUUAUAA